UUUUAUUUCUAGAUUUUCCCAGAAAGUUCUAGUGAAUAUGUAAACCACUGGUCAAAAGCCCUAAUUUUCUCAUUUGUAAUAUUAAAAUGCUUUAGGGUUUUAGAGAGGGUUUAGAGUUAUGUAAAGUUUUGCUGUUCUCGGAAGCAGGUUCCAGUCAGGCGGCCCAGUUCUCUGAAGAAGCGCAAGAAAGAAGAAUAUACAUCACUUUAGAGGAAUCAUGGCGAUUGCUAAAUUGCUGGUAUCAAGGAUUGUGAAAACCUCCCAACGUAGACCACUUCCUUACAAUCUGGGCUUCCAGAGCAUGCAAGCUUCAUGUGCCAGUUUGCCUUUGACACGGCGAUGGGCUGGUGUAGCAAGAGCUUUCAGUUCAAAGGCUGCUGGUAGUGACAUAAUUGGUAUUGAUUUGGGAACAACAAACUCAUGUGUAGCAGUAAUGGAAGGCAAGAGCCCAAAAGUAAUUGAGAAUUCAGAAGGGGCUCGAACAACACCAUCCAUUGUUGCAGUGAAUCAGAAAGAAGAAAUACUUGUGGGAAUCCCUGCUAAGCGUCAAGCUGUGACUAAUCCAACCAAUACUGUGUUUGGCACCAAGCGUUUAAUAGGAAGAAGGUUUGAUGAUCCACAGACACAGAAAGAACAGAAGAUUGUGCCAUACAAAAUUGUCAAAGCUACAAAUGGUGAUGCCUGGGUUGAAAUAAAUGGGAAACCAUACUCGCCUAGUCAGAUUGGUGCAUUUGUCCUGACAAAGAUGAAGGAAACUGCAGAGGGUUAUCUUGGAAGGACUGUUUCCAGUGCAGUUAUCACAGUGCCUGCUUAUUUCAAUGAUGCUCAGCGUCAAGCAACCAAGGAUGCUGGUAAAAUUGCAGGGCUGGAAGUUAAAAGAAUAAUCAAUGAGCCAACUGCAGCUGCCCUUUCAUAUGGCAUGAAUGAGAAGGAGGGUUUGGUUGCUGUUUUUGAUCUUGGUGGAGGUACCUUUGAUGUUUCUAUUCUGGAAAUCUCCAGUGGUGUGUUUGAGGUCAAGGCCACAAAUGGUGAUACUUUUUUGGGUGGUGAGGAUUUUGACAAUGCCUUGUUGCAGUAUUUAGUUAAUGAGUUCAAGAAUUCAGAAAAAAUUGAUCUGUCUAAGGAUAAGUUAGCAUUGCAAAGGCUACGUGAAGCUGCAGAGAAAGCUAAAGUGGAGCUAUCAUCCUCUUCACAGACAGAGAUAAAUCUACCUUUUAUCACAGCAGAUGCAUCUGGUGCAAAGCAUUUGAACAUCACAAUGACUAGGUCAAAAUUUGAAACAUUAGUGAAUAAUUUGAUCGAGAGAACUAGAAGUCCCUGUGAAAAAUGCCUAAAAGAUGCAGGGGUUUCAGCGUCGGAGGUGAAUGAAGUGCUUCUUGUUGGGGGCAUGACCCGUGUGCCAAAGGUUCAAGAGGUUGUUGCUCAGAUUUUUGGUAAGACACCAAGCAAGGGUGUUAAUCCAGAUGAAGCUGUGGCGAUGGGUGCUGCCAUACAAGGUGGUAUUCUUCGUGGUGAUGUGAAAGACCUGCUUCUGCUGGAUGUGACGCCCCUGUCACUUGGAUUAGAAACACUGGGUGGUGUUUUCACUCGACUCAUAAAUAGAAACACAACAAUUCCAACUAAGAAAAGUCAGGUAUUCUCAACCGCAUCAGAUGGUCAAACACAGGUUGGAGUGAGAGUAUUUCAGGGGGAAAGGGAAAUGGCUUUAGACAAUAAGCUUCUAGGUGAAUUUGAGCUUGUUGGCAUUCCACCAGCUCCAAGAGGUACACCCCAAAUAGAGGUUACCUUUGACAUUGAUGCAAAUGGUAUUGUUACAGUUUCUGCCAAGGAUAAGUCCACUGGCAAGGAGCAACAAAUUACCAUCCGAUCAUCUGGUGGACUUAACGAAGAUGAAAUUCAGAGGAUGGUGAGGGAAGCUGAGACUAAUGCUCAAAAGGAUCAGGAAAAGAAACAGUUGAUUGAUGCUAGAAAUUCUGCAGAUAACACAAUUUACAGUGUAGAGAAGAGCUUGAGUGAGUACAAGGAUAAGAUUCCUGCAGAUUUAGUUACUGAAAUACAGUCAGCAGUGGCUGAUUUGAAGAAGGCUAUAGCAAGUGAUGAUUUAAAUGAGAUUAAAGCGAAAACUGAGGUUGCAAAUCAAGUUUCUUUGAAAAUAGGACAGCACAUCCAUCAACAAUCAGGUGGGUCAUCGUCUGGUGGGCCAUCAUCAACAUCUAGUUCUGAAGGGGAAGGAGAGGCCCCUGAAGCUGAAUAUGAAGAGAUGAGGAAAUGAACAAUUAAAUUCUUUAUUGUAGAUGCAUGGAUUUACCUUUUUCAUUUUGGCCGAACUUCUAGAUUAGGAUUUAUAGAGGAGAGUUAGGAAUCUUUUGAGCAGUUCAAAGUAAUUUCCAAUUGUUCUUGUCUAAGGAGGCAACUGUGAAAGUUUUGAACGGUUCAAAACAAUUUUUGUUGUUUGCUGAUUGGGAUGUCACUCUUUUGAUCAGCAACUUCAUAGUUUUUGUAAUAUUUGCCUUGGCACAGUACAAGGUGAAUAUGUCGGGGCAUUUAAUUCUGGCAUUGUGAAUUACCUCACUUUCUCGUGUCUGAGGUGGAGUUAUAAUUUUUGUUGUUUUUUGGGAAUCAAUCUUUAAUGUUCAUCAUGCGAUGUCUUGGCUGCAUGUUUUCUUAAUAA